AACUAGUUUGACCACACAAAGUCUCAUCAUAUAACCAACCACUUCUCUUUAUCCCCCCCUCCCUCAUUUCAUUUUUUUGUUACCUGGAUGCAGAAGUUGUUGUUCUAAAUUCGAUCGUUUUUAUUAAUAUGGCGGUCGAUUUAAUGAACAGCAAUACGUACAGAAAUAAUAACCAAAAAAACCAAUUUCUUACAAACCAAAUGGAAGAAAUUUCGGUUCAAGAAGCCGCAACUGCGGGUCUCCAAAGCGUCGAAAAUCUCAUCAGAUUACUUUCCUCGCAAUCACAAUCGCAAUCUUAUCAACCCAAUACGACGUCGUUGCCUUCAUCAUCCUCUAACAAUCCAGAUUACUUAGCUGUCGCAGACGUGGCGGUUACUAAAUUCAAAAAGUUCAUUUCUCUACUGGACCGUAACAGAACCGGACACGCCCGGUUCAGACGCGGUCCAGUUACAACCCCACCUCAGAAAACAAUCCCGGCGCCGGAAAAAGUGUAUUCUCCGUCGCCGGAAAAAGUAUAUUCUCCCGCACCGAUACAGCAACGGUUACCGCCACUUCCGUUAGUGAAAUCUGGGUCGUUUGACCGGAAGGAUUUUCCGGUGACUACUAUUAACUUUGCGGCGGCGUCGAAUUCAUUUAUGUCGUCGUUGACCGGAGACACAGAGCAUUCGAUGUCUUCAUCUGGUUUUCAGAUCACGAAUAUUUCUCAAGUUUCGUCUUCUGGUCAACCAAACAAUUUGACUUCUUCAUUGUCGAAAAGGAAAUGUAAUUCUAUGGAUGAUUCCCAUACUAAGUGUGCUAAUUCAUCGGGCCGUUGUCAUUGUUCCAAAAAAAGGAAAUCAAGGAUGAAACGAGUGGUGCGAGUGCCGGCGAUAAGUAUGAAGAUGGCGGAUAUACCACCGGACGAUUACUCGUGGAGGAAAUACGGUCAAAAACCGAUCAAGGGUUCGCCGCAUCCGAGGGGUUAUUACAAAUGUAGCAGUCUUAGGGGUUGUCCUGCAAGGAAGCAUGUUGAAAGGGCUUUGGAUGAUGCUGCAAUGCUAAUAGUCACCUACGAAGGCGAACACAACCAUUCUCAUAACGUCCACGAUACACCAGCGGCCAUAGUUCUUGAAUCUUCUUAAUUGAACUACGUGAAUUACUUGUGGUCUUUUGAAUCACAACUUAAUAUGAAAAAACUAAAUGUAAAAAAAUUUAAUUGAAACUAUUGUAAGUUAUUAAGGGAGACAUGAUACUUGUGUGACUCAAUUGUCAACAAGUAAGAACAUUUGAUUUGCAAUUAGACUUUCUUUUUCUUUCUUUCUUAA